CUCAAUAAAUUGAGUAACCCCUACUCCAUAUAUAUAAUACACACAUUAAAAAAAGAAAGAAAAAUACAAGAAAACUCUAUAUAAACCCUAUUUCACAAUUCAAUUUUCACAAUAAGCUACAAAUUCUUUAGGAAAAGCAACUAACAAAAAAGAUGGCGAAAAGCAAGAUUCUGGUGGUGGGUGGGACCGGCUACAUUGGGAGGAGGCUCGUCAAGGCCAGCCUGGCGGAGGGCCACCCCACGUACGUUCUCCGGCGGCCGGAGAUUGGGCUGGACAUCGACAAGCUGCAGGUGUUGCUGGAGUUCAAGAGGCAGGGAGCCCGCCUGCUCGAGGGCUCGUUUCCCGAUCACCGGAGCCUGGUGGAGGCCAUCAAACAGGUCGACGUAGUGGUUUGUGCCAUGUCGGGAGUUCAUUUUAGGAGCCAUAAUCUCAUGUUGCAGCUUAAGCUCGUUGAUGCUAUUAAACAAGCUGGAAAUAUCAAGCGUUUCUUGCCUUCGGAGUUUGGUAUGGAUCCAGCCCAAAUGGGAAAUGCUCUUGAGCCCGGAAGAGUAACAUUCGACGAGAAGAUGAUCGUGAGGAAAGCAAUCGAAGAAGCCAAAAUCCCUUACACAUACGUCUCGGCCAACUGUUUUGCCGGCUACUUUGUCGGCAAUCUCGCCCAACUUGAAACCCUUGUUCCUCCUAAGGAUAAAGUACUAAUCUAUGGAGAUGGCAAUGUUAAAGCGGUGUUCAUGGAUGAAGAUGAUGUUGCAACGUACGCUAUCAAGUCCGUAGAUGACCCUCGUACGUUGAACAAGACACUCUACCUUCGCCCACCGGAAAACAUCCUAAGCCAGAGGGAAUUGGUCGAGGAAUGGGAGAAACUCACUGGAAAGACACUGGAGAAGUUCAGCGUCUCGAAAGAAGAUUUCCUUGCUAAUCUCAAAGGUGGUGAUUUUGCUUUGCAAGUUGGAUUAUGCCAUUUUUAUCACAUUUUCUAUGAGGGAUGCUUGACAAACUUUGAGAUAGGGGAAGAUGGAGAAGAGGCUUCGACACUUUACCCGGAGGUCGAGUACAUGCGUGUCCACAAAUACUUGAAGCGUUAUUUAUGAAAUUCAUAUAUUCCUGAAUUUUUAUGCUCCUAAAGUUUCUAUUUACUGCUUGCUAUCAACUUGCAAGAAUUAUACUUAAUCUGGGAUUUGGACAAGAAUAAGUAAGAUCCUACAAUAACUAUUCUGUGUUUGGUCAACUGUUAUUCACAUCUAUGUACAAGAAUAUUUCAGACAAUAUAUUCUAUUGCUACAUUGUUAUUCCCUUUUUAAUUGGUUCAUCAUGUGAGUGCAACACAAAUUAAUCAAAGGAGGGUAACUUAUUAAAGUGAUUAAGUUCAUCAGAA